UAGGGUUAAGUAUAAGAAUCAACAAGAAUUUGAAGCUAGACUUGUUAUUGAGAUUUAUAAGGCGUUACAAACCUCUAAAGCCGAGGCACAAAUAAGGCCAUAGGACAAUAACGUUGAUGAAGUGAUGGUACCAUGCAUCAAGUGGACAAAACAAUAACCAAAUACUACAUCCGUUUCAUUAUACUUGUUAUUGAUAGUGAUAUAUUCUUGAACUACAUGUCAUAAAUGGGUGCGAGUAUUUCAGAACGGAAAAAGUACACUAAUAUCCGUUUUCUAUCGUUUUUUUCUUCUUUGGAUUUUUAUUUUUUAAAAAAAAUUAAAAAUCAAAACUAGAAAAUUAGAAAAAGUGAUUUUUACUUUUUAAAUUUCAGUUUUCAAAAUCAUCACAAUGUUACUGAUUUUUACUAAAUAAAAAUGAUUUAAUACACUCUAAUUAAAACUAAUUUUUAUUAGAUACUGAUAUUUUUAAGGAAAACUAAAUAGAGUUACAGUUUAUAUAUUUGGAUUAUAAGAGAAGCUAGUUCACAAUCAUUUAGGUUUAUAUAACCUUAAAGUGUCUUCAGUUGUGGUACUAACCUCAUUAAUAAAUCCCCUAUUAACUCUUCUAUAUACGACGUUAACCUAAUACUAAAAAAAUACAAAUGUUUGUGUAUUAUAAAGGUAAUCGGAUCAAUUUUGUACAUGAUGUAGUGAGAAUCAAACUUAUAUCACAAAGAUGAAAGAGAAAACCCUCAAUCACUAAGCUAAUUUAUAAUUCUCAAAUUUAAUUACUUUUGAUCUCUUUUUAUCGCUGACGAUUUUAUCAAGGAGUAUUAAAAGAACCGAUCAUACGCCUAGUAACAAAUAUUAAAGUUUUAUAAUGUUAAGCAACAAAAAGACUAGCUAGACAUUAUAAAUGGUAGCUAGUUAUGACUUAUGAGUAUAUAUUACACAUAAGAACUAAAUUAGAAAGUUAGCAUUCUUGAAGGGGAUUUGUUGGUGGGAUGCAAAACAAAUAAGCUACCACACAUUGGGACGACUUGUCUAUUUCUGGUACACAUUAAACUAGCUAUCAACUAAAGGGAUAUUAUUGGUAUAUGUUAGUUACAAUUGUGAAUAGCACGCAAUGCAAUCAUUAUCUUGCUGUUAGCUACCACCCUUCUUUUCUAAUUUUAUUAUUUCUCAACAUAAUUAAAUUUGCCAAAUUUUCUUAAUUAAUCAUAUUGACCGAUAGAUUAUAUAAUAUAUCUUAAAAUUUAAUAAUCAGCUUAGAUUGUUUCUGAUUGGUAUAACUUUUUAAUAAGUUAAUAUGAUUUUCGAAGCACAAGAGACAUAUUAUAAUGCAUGCAUCUACAACUUUACAUUGGUAAUCCACAUUAUACUAUAUAUUUCAUUUGUAUUUUUGAAUUUGCUACACUAUAUUUCAAAUCUAUUACUUUGACUUAUAUAAAAAAUAUAAAAAAAAUACAAAAAAAUGGAUAAAUUAUUGAAUUUAAACCAUUAAAUUUAAGUAAUUUUUUUAUAAAUAUAAAUUAUGUCUUUACUACAAAACUCAAAAUAUAGGAGUAUGUAGUUCUAUAAUAAAAAUAAAAGUAAAAUGAAAAAGUAGUACUCCAAAUCUAACCAAAAAAAUAAAAACUCAUGAUUAUCCCAAAGAUUGAAGCCUUGAAGCCACCUCCACCCCCUACUUCUCCUUCUAUGUUAAGCAACUUUUUAAUAGUAUACACAAUUUCCCAACUAUAUAUAAUUUUAUGGAAUGUUUCUUUUUACUAUCAAUCAAGUGACUUAAUUGUACAUUAAUAAUUUCCUAUGGAUGAUUUCUACAAGAAUAAUGAUGAAUUUUAUUCCAACAUUUUUUCAACCAACUAUUUGUUUAGUAGUACAUCCACCUCCCCUCCCACUACACCCUCAGCCACAGCCGCAGCAACUGAUCAUGCGGCCGUGCCUGGGGCAGGGGCGGGCUUAUACAGAGCCCGCCUCAUCCUCGAAAACCACCUUUACGAUGAACUAUUAAACCGGUACAACUUAGCCGUCACGCGCCUCCACGAGCUAGGUAGAGAAACCAAGGCUUUACAAGAGGAGAAUGUGUGGCUCCGAUUGGCUAAUGUGGACCUCAACCGCCGCCUUAACCGGGUUUUUUCGAUAACUGAUGAACAACCCUAUGUUGGGCCCGCCGCGAGUCAUAGCUCGACAAGUGUGAUUGAUGAUGAGGAGGAAGAUGAAGAUGAUGUUGAAGAUGAGAGAUUUUCAUUGCCUAAGAGUAUUUCAGUAAGAUCUCCUGGUUAUUUUAAGCUUGGGAAUUCUCCUACUAAUCAAUCUCCAAGUCCUUCUCAAAGUAUUAAUGGAACUAGAUUGAAGGUCAGAAAAGAAGAGAAAGCAAUAGAGAUGGAAGUAUUUAACCAAGGCAUGUAUAAAACAGAGUUAUGCAAUAAAUGGCAACAAACUGGUACAUGCCCAUAUGGCCCACAUUGCCAAUUUGCCCAUGGAGUAUCGGAGCUGCGACCCAUUAUCCGGCACCCACGUUAUAAGACCCAAGUUUGCCGUAUGGUUGUUGCUGGUGUUGCUUGUCCUUAUGGACAUCGUUGUCACUUUCGACACUCACUCUCCUAAAACAAAUUCUUAAUAUUUUUCGAAAUCUGAUCUUCUUUCCGUUGAAGUAUAUAUCGCUUUUUCUAAAAGAUACGCGAGAAGUUUUUCUCCUUAUCUCCACCUACUCUUAAAUUGUUUAUAAUUCUUUUUGAGAAUAUCAAUUAAAAUUUGUUUUUUUUUUAUAUAUAUUUGAGCUAUUAGAAUUUAGAUUAUAAGUGUUAAAUAAUAAUGUAUCAUGCUUAAGCUAAGGUUAUACUUAUUGAAUCUUUGUUAUGGCAAGGAUGUGUAUUUUAUGCAUGUCAAUAAUUUUAUGUAUGGUUAAAUAAUUUUGAAGGAAAGUAUAUUUUUUGUUUUAUAAUGAAUAAAUGGCGGUAAAAUAGAUGUUGGUAAACAAUUUUAGUUUUUUA